AAGAGAUUCGACAGAUAAGAAGGCGGCGGCGGCGGCGGCUGCGACGCCAGCUCGUCGGCUCCAGGGAAGCCAACGCAAAAGUCCAACAGAGAGACCAGAGUAUUCAACAACGCAAACAUGAAGGUCGUGAUGCUCGGAUUGGCCUCGCUGGGCCUCGCCAGCGCCGUCCCCGGGCAGCAGCAGCAGCAACCGGGUCCUAUCCGCCCUGGGUGUCAGGUCCCCGACAACGGCGUCAUCCCGGACGUCGCCGCCCAGCUCGCCGGCAAGACGGCCCGCCGCCAGGCCUACCCGAGCAAUUUCACCGUCGACGUCAACUUCCACCUCGCCAGCACCGAGGCCGAGGCGGACCUCAUCACGGACGCCAUCGUCGACGCCCAGUGGAAGGUGCUGCACGACGCCUUCGCCCGAUACGACAUCAACCUGCGCCUCAACUCGACCGAGCGCGUCGUCGACAACAUGACGGGCUCGGCCUUCCUCGUCUACGAGGGCCCCGAGGCCGGCUGGGUCAACUACCAGGCCGAGUACGACGCCUACCUCAAGGCCACCCGGCGCGGCGGCUACGACGCGCUGAACCUGUACUUCUUCAGCAGCUACUCGCCCGGCGCGACGGGCUACUGCCAGUUCCCCACCGUCAUCGCCGACCCGGACAGCCUCACCUUCUACAAGGACUCGUGCCAGCUCAGCGCCAUGACCAUGCCGGGCUUCACCGUCGAGCAGGGCGGCUUCGAGGACUGGAACCUGGGCCAUCUGGCCGUCCACGAGGCCGGGCACUGGUUCGGCCUCAACCACACCUUCGCCGGCGGCUGCUCCGACAACCCGGGCGACUUCGUCGCCGACACGCCCGCCCAGAGGUGGGAGGUGUACGGGUGCCCCGCCGACUCGGACACCUGCCCCGACCAGCCCGGCCUGGACCCCAUCCACAAUUUCAUGGGCUACACGGCGGAUAGUUGCACGAACGAGUUCACGCCUGGGCAGAAGGAUCGCAUGUUUUCGACUUUCUUCGGCUGGAGAAGGAAAUAGAGCGCUGAUGCUCGAAGUAGAUGAUUUCUUGUUCAAAAAGGUGUUUCAAUACUUACUUCGAUUUACUCACUCUCCAUUUUCUCACUGGCUACAUCAUGAAAUGUAGUAAAUGAAAUGUGAGUGUCAAGAGCGCAACACAUCAUUAGGUCUCCGUGAGAGGUAUGCCUGCAGAUGAUGUAGACUGUAAGAGGAAGAAAAUAAAAACUGCCAAGCUUAGCCCGAUAUCUAGGCUUUCGGAAGGCUUUGGUCGAUGAGGAUGUGAGUCACAAAGCGGUGUCUGGGAUUUUAGAAAAUCAGAAUAUCUUGAUAUCUUACGAGCGUAGAAAUAAUGAAGGGCUUGCGUAGCCAA